AUGUCCUUCCUGAGGAAUUGGUUCGGUACCACCACCACCGCCGUGGAGGUCAAACCCGAACAGAAGACUCCUGUUCGCGCCCUCCCCUCUUCUUGGUAUACUUCCCAAGAAAUGUACGAGUUGGAGCGACGCGCCAUCUUCUCUCGCAAAUGGCUCCUUACUACACACAAGCACCGCAUCCCCAACGCCGGGGACUGGGUCCAGUACGACGCCGCCGGCUACCAGUUUAUCGUCUCCAAUGACGACCAAGGACACAUCAAGGCGUACCUGCACGACCAAGAUCUUACCCCGGUCCAUGUGCACAUUGACCGCAACAGCUUCAUCUGGGUCAACCUGGAUGCCAACGAGACGCCCGAGGUGGCCUGGAAGGAUGACUUCGACGGGGUGGACGAGCAACCCCGGUUCGACCACUACAACUUCGAGGACUACUCCUUCGACCACACCUGGGACAUGGAGGGCGACUUCAACUGGAAGAUCUUGGCCGACAACUACAAUGAGUGCUACCACUGUGGGGUCGCACAUCCCGAUAUCCCCACCAUUGCCGACUUGCACUCCUACUACGUCAAGACCAAGGACGGCCACAUCCAGCACUACGGCGCCCAGCGCCAGGACCAGAUCGACAAGGGCUUCCGGAUAGCCACGACCUACUUCUGGCCCAACGCCUCCUGCAACAUCUCGCCAAACUUCUUCUUCAUGCAGCGCUUCACCCCCAUCAGCCCGACCAAGUCCGUCAUGCGCUACGAGGUCUACCGCCACAAGGAUGCCACUGACGAGGAUUUCACUCUCAUCAGCGAUAUGUACAAGCGCAUCAUGUCGGAGGACAAGUACCUGUGCAUUCACACACAGAAGAACCUCAAUGCCGGCGUCUUCGUGAACGGCCUGUUGCACCCGGAGAUGGAGAAGGGCCCACUGCACUUCCAGAGCACCGUCCGCGAGGUCGUCACACAACAUUUCGACAAGGAGGAGGCUGCGGGCCAUCAAAUCUGGCCCGCGCAGCAACAGGUUUCGAAGCCUGUGACUGUGACUGGAGCUCAGGACAAUAUCGCGUUCCGCACGGGAGUAGAUGCCUACGUGGACGCGAAUACUUUGCAAGACUCGUUGGCCAGCAAUCUGGCGCCGGCGAUUGCUGUUUAG